AUCACAAUUGAAUGAAUGAAAGAAAGAAAGAAAGAAAGAAAACUUUGAGAAAGUGGAAGCAGACCACAAUUUCUGAAGGAAAAAUGGUUUGCCAAUAAAGUUGAGCUUUGUACCAGUAAGGUAUGUAAUUUAAGCAACAAAAAAUGGAAACUUAAAUUUCAUCGGAUGAGAGAGAGCAUGAGAAAGGAAAAAGAGCUCACGGUCGAUCCUCGCUGCUCUACUAUUACCGAUAUGCCAAUUGCCAUUCACUUCCUAAGCCAGGCUGAAUUGUAUGGUGAGGAAGGUAACAUAGUUGAGCUAUACAGCCCACCUGACAGAACCUGCAGCUUGAGGAUCAUGGAUAGGGAGAAAGCUGCAUUGGCUUCUUUUAGUUCAACGGAUUUUGCCACUAGUUUCUCUGGAUAUGAAGAUAAAUCUAAUUAUCAGCAAUUCUCACUUCAUACUGUUACUCAAUUCUCUCCUUCUCCUGUAAUAUCUGGGAUAGAAAAUGUAUCCCAAGAUGCUCAUAUUUCGCUUAUUGAAGUAGGCAAUCCAGAAGAUGGACAUUCAAAAUCAUACAAAGAGGCAUCAUCAUCUAAUACCCUGCAAGAUGUACAUAUUUCAUCACGACUAAUGGAGGAUUUCCUUGAGCUUGCUAAGGAAAACACAGAGAAGGAUCUGGAAACGUGUGGGAUUCUUGGUGCUUUUCUUAAAAGGGGAACCUUGUAUGUGACCACUCUAAUCAUACCCAAACAGGAAUCAACUUCAAGUACAUGUCUGGCUAUAAACGAUGAGGAAAUUUUCGCCAUACAAAAUGAACGGUCCCUUAUUCCUGUUGGAUGGAUUCAUACACAUCCUUCUCAAAGUUGUUUUCUGUCAUCAGUUGAUUUGCAUACUCAAUAUUCAUAUCAGGUAAUGGUACCAGAAGCUUUUGCCAUUGUCAUGGCUCCAACUGAUACCUCAAGUUGGGAAUCCACAGGAGCAAUGGAAUAUUUCGGCUAUCGGACCCCGGUGGGAUGAGUGUUCUAAGAGAGUGCCAAGAGCAGGGAUUUCAUUCUCACAAAGAAACAGCAAAUGGAAGUCCAAUUUACGAGCAUUGCUCCAAUGUUUACAAAAAUUCAAAUCUCAGGUUUGAAAUCUUUGACUUGCGCUGACACUUCACUUUCGGUUGAUGGACCAGCAGGACUUUUGAUCAGUAGGGUGAUGACCUAGUCAAACAUUGUCUGAUGUUUAUAGUUAUACAGUAAUAAUGCAGAUGUGUGCAAUUUGACCAUUUUAGUCCUCUCUAGUCAACCAUAUCAGUCUCUGGCAAAAGUUCAGAGUUGGAAUCCCGCAUCCUUAAUGUAGAACGACCACCCCCUAUCUCCUAUUAGUUUAUACUUCUAUGUUCAUCUUUUUUGGUUGUUGUAUAUUGGUCUUAAUGUUAAAAAAAAAAAAAUAAUUAAAAAUUAAAAAAAAAAAAAAAAAAAAAAACAUGUGCAUUGUUGUAUGGAGAAAAGGAAUCAAUAUUUAAUCUUUGAAGAACACUUGGGAAGUGAUACUUUUUUUUUUUUUUUUUUGGAAGAUGAGCAAGCAAUAUUGUUGUUGUUUGCCUACCUCUUCUUGAAUCUGUGAUUUGGUGGUGGUAAAUCACUUAUAUAAUUUAUUUUAAAUUCAAACAUUGUUGUUGUUUGCCUACCUCUUCUUGAACCUGUGAUCUGGUGGUGAUAAAUCACUGACUUGAACACACAGUAUUAGAUGGUUGUGGGCGAGCAACAUAACAUUGACAUGUACGCCGAUGCUGUACAAGUAUUUAAAAAUUGCAGUUGCUGCUGCUGCUGGCUAAUAAUGGUAGUCAACAUGGUGGUCGGUCCUCUUUAAGUUAAAGGAGUUUGUCUUCUGCCAAGUUGCAACCUUUUGUAUUAAUAGUCACAGCAAGGCAAUAUAAAUUGUCUGGUAAAGAGAUAGGAUUCACAUUUCUUCUUUUUCCCAUCUCCACAACUCAAAACUUUUCAAAUUGUGCGGCGGUUUUCACUCUCUACUGUCCUCUUACCACCUGGCAGCUUUUGAUUGGUGUCAGUUCUCACAGCUAAACGGCACAAUUUCUUGUGUUUUUCCCAACAAUUUACAUAUAAUAAUGGUUAUGUAUUUCGUACAACAUAAUUCACAAUGCGUAAGACUUUGUCAUGCAUGAUGUCAAAAUCAACCGGAAAAAUCUACAAUACUCCGGAAUACGUGUUCUACACGCACAUAUCGAAUUCACAUGUGGGUUACUGGGAGAAUAUAUUCUAUAAAUAUUGUAGAUUUUUUCAAAUGAAACGUAUAGGUCUUAAAAAUCAUUUUAGAUAUAUAUAUAUAUAUAUAUUUUUUUUUUUUUUGAAAUAAGUCAUAUAUGUUUCUCGUUAACUGGGGUGUUUUUAGUUCAUGAUAUAUAUAUAUAUAUAUGGUUUUCCAUAAAAAUAAGUAAAUUAACAAAUUUCUCAUCUGGAAAAAUGGAAAAAAAAAAAAAGAAAUUCCCCACUUCCCAAACAUUUGGAAAGCAAUUUGCAAGUUCAUGAAUGUCUAAUUCACCAAAUAUUAAAGAAAAAUAAAAGUAAUUGAAGAAAAAUAAAAACUAUUAAUACGGCCCUUAAAUAGAAUAAGAUCUGAUCAUUCAUGCAGAUUCUGUAAAAAUUCCAUAUCAAAAAGAAAAAGUUAAAAAAAAAAGGGAAUUUUUAAGAAAUUAAAUGCAGUUAUUUAAUAACGAGUUUCAUUCUCUCAAUUUUACGUAAAAAUUCCAUAUAAAAAAGAAAAAAGAAAAAAAAAAAAGGAAUUUUUAAGAAAUUGGAUGCACGAUCUGACAUGUAUAUAAUGAAAAUUUUCAUUCUCAAUUUUAUGAGAAUUUUUAUGAAAAUCUUUCAUCAGUAUUUCUUCAAAUAUGCUAAUUUUUUAUCUUUGCCAUAUUGCUUUCAUGGAGAGAAAAACCUAUGAUUUACUUUUGGAACUUGUUCAAAGAAGCAAAAUGGAACUAAUAAUAUUUGAUUUACUAAAAUAUGUCCAUCCUACUAUGAAGCAACUCUACAUUGGAAGAAAGUCCAAUUUACGAGAAUCCUAGAAUAAAAAACCAAAGAUUACUACCCCCAAACCAUUUACAUAAAUUAACGAACCAACCAAUAUAAUUCCCAAAAAAAAAAAUAA